AUGUCAUUUAAAAGAAAUGUCAAUCCAUCAACACCUUGGCUACCAAUUGCUGGGCCACAUGAUCCAAAUCCAUCACCUCAAGUUUCUCAAGCAUUGGAAUAUUUUAAAAAUAUUAAAAUUUUACAAGAUCAAUCACGAACAAAAAGUGUACCAUAUAAAAAUUGGUUUGAAUCUUUAACACCAUCAGAAAGUAUUGCAAAUUCUUAUACUCCAAGUGCAUCAAAAUUUCAUAUUAAAAAACUAGGAAGGAAACGAUAUGGAAAGACAAUUAAUACCAAUAAUCUUACGGAUAAUGAAGAAUUUAAAUAUCCAUCAUUUGAUGAUAUCAAAGCACAUGAAAAAAAAAUUAACUUAAAAAAAAAUGAAAAAGAUAAACUACUUGAAAGUGUACCAGAAAAUAUUAUUAGUCUUGUUGAUCUUGCUGAUGGUAGUUGGCUCAAACGAAAAGCUGAAAAACAAAAAGAGAAUUUAGAAAAAAGAGAAGCUGAUUUACCAAGAUCAAUUGAAUCACAACGUGAAGAAUUACUAGCUGCUAUUAAAAUUCAACAAGAAGCAAAUAUUCGAGAUAUAGAUAUUGAAAAAAUUUUAUUUUUAAAAACAAAAGCUAUUAUGGAUUUUCAUUUAGAGCCAUAUGAUUUUGUAAACAUUAAAAAAGCUCAGUAUUAUAAAGACAGCAUUCGUUUUGCAAUUGUUGAUUAUAUUUUACUUGAUCCAGCUGAAAAAAUUCGUCUAAUGAUUGAUACAGUUCCAAUUGAAUAUCCAGUUAUUCAAAUACGUGCUCCAAUACCUUGGCAUCAAGCAAUAACAUUAGCUGGUCAUAAAAUUGAACACAAUCUUUUUAUAGGAAAUGAAAUUUUACGUAACAUAAGAGAUCUUUAUAUUUUAAAAUACAACAACAUGAGAAUAAUUCAUGUAUCAGACUUUGGAAAAUUGCCAAUUUCAGCUUUAGAUAUUGAAUCAAUUGUUGAAAAUUUAUGUCAAGAAUCUAGUAAAAAAUUAGAAGAAGAAUGUGGCAAUUUAUUUGUUGGACCAUAUGAAGAUUUGACAUUUAAUAAUACACCAUUUAUGAAAAUUUUCAUUGAGCCAGAAUUAGGAACUUCAGAGUUACAUUUAAAACCAACAAUUGAUGAAAUUUAUAAUGCUGUUUCAAGAUGUAGAAGAAAUAAUCAAUGA